GCGCAUGCGGUCAGAAUAGGCUCCCGGUCACACACAGCUGUUGAGAGAGUUUCCUCAUCGCCCCAUGGCACGUACAGACUCUACUAUUCUAGCAGCCACCAUGCAUUCCUGUUACUUAUCGUCUGUACCCCUGACCCUGUGACAACUCCUCAGCUCUUCUCAACUUCCGUCCACAGUAACUUGCGGGUCCCGGUAUUCUACAUAGAACUCCGCGCGAAGGGCGCGCUGGGAAGUGUAGUUUUUUUGAUGGAGAGCUUUGUACGGUGCUAGAAUGGAAUCCGGAGUUUUAAGAGCGCAAGUAGCCAAUGGCGAGCAGGUGCCGGACUAGACAAGAGACGUCUAGUUUAGUGACACGGCUUUGCAAAGAGCAUACUGACAUAAAUGUGGCGCAUCCUCGGCGCAGGGGACUACAUGUCCCGUGGUGCAGUGCGGCCCUAGUGCCCCGGAACUGACAGCACGUGUGAGAUGGCUGGCAGGCUUGCUGUGAAGGCUGUGGGCAUUCUUGUCAGCCGGCCCGGGGCAGCGCAGUUACGGGGGUAUGCCAAGAAGCCGGUUGUUAAAGGAAAGGCAAAAGGAUUUGUUAAAGAGGUCCAAAAAGGACCUGAAGUAUGUAAAGAUCCAGCUAUCCUGACAACACAUGCCAUGGGUGUGAAUAUAUACAAGUCUGGAUCAGAUGUCAAGCUAAAGGAUGAUUCUCAGUAUCCUGAAUGGCUUUUUCAGCUAGAUUUGGGACCACCUAAACCUUUGGAAGAAAGAAGUCCAGAUACUCCCCAGUACUGGAAGCUUAUACGAAAGCUGCAUAUGUGGAGAAAUAAUCGUCUAGCCAAGGCCAAAAAGUUUUAAUAUUCAGCCUAAAAUGAAACCAGAACUAUAGGCAAAUAAAUUAUUCCUCUUUAUAUAUUA